UAGGGCUGCCUCAAUCACUUCGUGAAGGUGGUGGUAAACGGAAUGAGUCGAUGUCGACCGUCGGCGGAGGAGUCGGUGCGCGUAAAUGUCGAGUGGAUGCGGUUGUCACCUGCGUCACGAAGCGGAUCCGGCGCUCCUUCUGGACGGCAGCGGCUGGAGGAUUUGAGUCAGGAAGGUGCAGACGUGCACCGCGACGGCAGGCAGUUGUGGGCAAAGUGCAGGCAGGCCUUGCAUCAACAUGGAACGGAGACAAUCACGAGAGGGGUGCAACGGCUCCACGUGGACGAAGGGGACGAAGCUGCUGUUGAGGAGGCCCAGGGGUGUGACGACGUUGACGGUGACGACGAUUGCAACUCCGACGAUUUGCCAGACAUUAGGCCGUUGGGGAGGAAGGCAACGAAGGGCGGAGCAGCUGCGAGGAAGGGUCCCGCUACAAAAAGUCGACGGAGCAAGAAAAUGGAUGACGACACGGGGCGGAGCGAUGGUGAGGGCGGCCGAAAUUUCUGGUCGGUGGGAGACACAAUCGCACUCGUCAGGGCAAAAAGGGACCAAGAUCUUUAUUUCACGGGCAUGGGCAGUAGUUUCGCCCGCAUGAAAACGAGGGAGUGGAAGUGGAAGGACGUGCGGGCGAGGUUGCAGUCGAUGGGCGUGACGAGGGAUGUCGUCGACUGCAGGAAGAAAUGGGACAACUUGAUGCAGCAAUUCAAGAAGGUCCACAAGUUCCAUAACCUCUCCGGCGGGAAAGACUACUUCAAGCUUGCAUCGAAGGACAGGCGGUCGGAGGGCUUCAGCUUCGUCAUGGACCGGAGCGUGUACGACGAAAUGGAGGCCAUGACGAAGGGGGAUCACACGAUCCACCUGAAAAAUUUGGCGGACACGGGGGCGGCCGGUGGGGUUCAGAUGCCAGCAGGCGUGGGUGCUGCAGGUGCACCAUGGCCACUGAGGGUGGAGGGGAGGCAGCCCGUAAGGAGCAGGGGUCGACGAAAGACUCCACAUUCAGCGCAGGGAGUGGUGACGGAUAUGGGAAGAGGAAGAACAUGCGGCAACAAACCUUUGAGGCCGUCGCCAACGUCAUGGGCAAGCAUGCCACAGACGGUCAUUGACGGAGGCGGGAAGCAUGUCUACGCGAGGAGGCGCCCGUGGGAAGAAGCGGGAAAACAUCCCCGCGGACAGUCAGGGGCGGGAAGGGGUCAGCGGCAUGUCCCAAAGACGAAGAGGCUCCUUUCGGAAGAAGCAUCAGAAAGCAUGCCUCUUCGACGAGGGCGAAGUUGGACGGCAGCCAACGAAGAGGAAGAUGACGACGUCUUCACGAUGGAGGAGGAAGCAGCAGAGGACAACGUAGCGGCGCCUCGGGGAAGCACUCUUCAACGCUCAUCUGAUCAGAGCGGUGCGAGAAGAUUGGUGACGCCCCCUUCGGAGGCGCAACAAGUGCGUGCGCACAACACCCAAAAGGCGAAGGAGGUUGUCGUCGACGUCGGCGGCGAGGACGACGAGCCGUUGGAGAGCCGUAGAUAGCGCAAUGUGACACAAGGCACCACGGUGAUGGCAGCCAGGAUACGCGCCGCGACUGAA